AUGUAUCCGCAUGUUCCCGAAAACGAGGGCGGCGACCAGCGUCCGGUCCAGCGUGCUCAGCUUGCUCAGAAAGCCGGCAUCGACCCUGCCUUCAUCGACAAGUGCGAAGUUCACCCUGCCCACCGUCACCUGUGCUCGGUCCACGGUACCCACCCCCACAAGAGUGACGAUCACCUUGUCAAUCGUAUUCGUGCCUCCCGUCCUGCCCCGUCUCAACCCAGCAUUUUGCAGCAAGUUCAUUUCGCAGACGACACCAAGAUAGGCAACGUACUUUCAAAGAGUCGUCCGGACGAGCCACGUCUCAAGUCAUCGUACGCCUCGUACAUCGGACACGCUAUGCGUGCUGGUCUGUUGCCGCUCGAGACCAAGAUAGGCAACGUACUUUCAAAGAGUCGUCCGGACAAGCCACAUCUCAAGUCAUCGUACGAUCCGUACACCAGACACGUUAGGCAUGUUGGUCUGUUGCCGCUUGGGCAUUUCGAUGACCAGCGUCACCCGAGUACUUGGCCUAAUAUGAAGCGCAAUGCGUUUGCUACUCUCACAAGGUCGCCUCCCAAGAGUGGCAAGACGGACCGCUUGAACCAGCCUCUCCCCUCCUUACCUCCUUCUCCCACCACCCCUCGCAACCCCCCUGCCACAGGGGGUGUCUCUUCUGGUGCUACCACCCCGACGGCACAAAAAGGCCCAGUGUCACCCUCCUAG